AUGGCCACACGGGAAUGGCACAUCAUGCCAGCCGGUGAAGAGGAUGCGGAAGCCAUGGUCCGCUUAACCACGAGAACACUAGCAGCGGGUCCACAGACGAUCACCAAAUACAAAGAUAUUCCAAGUUGCGCUUACCCCAACGAGCGACAAUAUCUCACUCCGCCAGAGCAAUUGCUUGCGCACCGUGUGCGGACGAGGAAGAAGGUCAUCACCUCGAAAGGCAUUCACACGUAUAAAGUCAUGCAUACCACACCGCCUGCAUGUUUCAACUUGGAAGCCAUGAAACACGUUCAAGAGACCAUGGAAGCAGUCCAGAAGGAGAUUCGGGACAGCAAUGGCAGCGAUGCUGUUCCAUCUCAGCCUGACUAUUUGUGGAGGCUACCAGUCUACGUCGAAGCCUCCCCCCUAGGGAAGAUGUUCUACCAAAGCUGUGGCUUUGAAGUCCUGAGAGAUGUGGAAUCGUUCGAGGGCAGAGCUAUGUUGAGCGCUAUGAUUCUCUGUCGACAAGCCGAUGCUUGA